CCCCGCUCGCCUGCUGCAGGCAUGGAUAACUUCGAGUACAGCAUCCAGCUGAACGACCGCGAAUGGGCCGAGUUCCUGCGCGCCUCCGACGAGUGCAGCCUGGCGCCCGCCUCGCUGGCCACGGCCGACGAGCAGUGCCUCAGUGACAUUGAGCAAGGGGACACCUCGGGACGGGACUGUCCCUCCUCGACGGGCGGCGAGCCAGCGCCUGGCACGGGCAGCCCUGCCCCACGUGGGGUGCCCGGUGACAUCGGUGACACCGACAGCGACACCGCCCCGCGCCUCCGAGCCCCGCCGGAGCUGCUGUCGGGCAGCGAGGACGAAGCGGAGCUGGGCUCCGUGGGCAGGUUCUUGUGCGACAGCGACAAGCCCGGGUCCCUGUCACCCGCUGCCAUGCCCAGCGCCCAGAGGAGGCAGCCACCACGGCCACCUGCGGCCACUCCGGCCGGUGGCACAGCCCAGGGCAGCCCCGGGCAGGACACCGAGAAAGGAGCGGCCGGAGGCGGCCAGGACACGGAGCCGCAGGGAGGGGAUGCAGGAGGGGGACAAACCCCGGGUGGCACCGUGGUGGCACCGCCGGGGGUGGUGGCACCGCCGGCAGUGGUGGCAUCUCCGGCAGUGGUGGCAUCUCCGGGGGUGGUGGCACCCCCGGCAGUGGUGGCAUCUCCAGGGGUGGUGGCACCACCGGGGGUGGUGGCACCUCCGGGAUCUCCAGCACCAUCUGCUCUCCCGGAGGAAUCGGCCGCCAAAAGCUCUGCCGGCGCCUCCCCGCCGGAGCCCAGGCUGCGGGGAGCCGCGGGUGACCCCCCGAGCCCGGCCCCGGGGACAGCGCAGGAAGAACCGAGCUCCCCGGGCGGAUCCCCCAGCGUGGUCAGGCCCAAAGUGCCGGCGCAGCCCAGGAAGAGCCGCCGGCAGCGCGGAGCCAGCGCGGCCGAGGGGGACAGGGACCCUGCGGGGGCUGCGGCGGGGGCCGGGAAGGCUCCUCCGGGCUCCCCGAUGUCCUCUCGGAAGGGCAAAGCCAAGGAAAAAGCGGCCAAGGCAGCGCUGGUGAGGCUGGGCAGCGAGGAGGCUGCGGAGGGCAAGCGGGCGGUGGCCAGCGCUGGCCCGGAUGGCGGCGAGCCCCUGAAACCGAGGGGGAAGGAGCCGGGGGCGCAGUCCCCAGGGAAGACAAAGGCCACCAAGUCGCCAAAAGCAGGGCAGGCUGGUGGCUCGGGCGUACGUGACAGUGCCCCAGCGGUCGCUGCCCCGGGAGAGCCGUGCCAGGAGAUGCCAGGGAAGCCUCUCCAGCCCGGGAGUGCGGCGGGGCUUGGGGGCAAUGCUGGUGGGGAGCCUGCAGCCGAGAUCCCCGGUGUUUGUGCAGCUGAGAUCCCCCAGAAACCUUCAGAGAUCCCUGGGAUUCCUGCAGCUGAGAUCCCUGGGAUUCCUGCAGCUGAGAUUCCCCAAAAACCUUCAGAAAUCCCUGGAGUUCCUGCAGCCGAGAUCCUCAAGGAGUCUGCAGCUGAGCUCCCUGGGAUUCCUGGAGCUGAGAUCCCCCAGAAACCUUCAGAGAUCCCUGGGGUUCCUGCAGCUGAAAUCCCUGGAGUUUGUGCAGCUGAGAUUCCCCGAAAACCUUCAGAGAUCCCUGGAGUUCCCACUGCUGAGAUCUGCAGGAAGCCUGCAGAAAUCCCUGGAGUUUCUACAGCUGAGAUUCCCAGGAAACCYUCAAAGGUCCCUGAAGCUCCUGCAGCUGGGAUCCCUUGGGAGCCUGCACCCGGGAUCCCCAGGACCCCUCCAGCUGAGAUCCCCAGGAUCCCUGCGGCCGAUAUCCCCAGAAUCCCUGCAUUUGAGAUCCCCAGAAUCCCUGCAGCCGAGCUGCCCAGGAUCCCUGCAAUCGAAGCCCCCAGGAUUCCUGCAAUUGAGACCCCCAGAAUUUCUGCAAUCGAGACCCCCAGAAUUCCUGCAAUCGAGAUCCCCAGGAUCCCUGCAGCUGAGAUCCCCAGAAUCCCUUCAGCCGAGCUUCCCAGGAUCCCUGCGAUUGAAAUCCCCACAUUCUCUGGGGCUGAAAUCCCCAGAAUCCCUUCAGCCGAGCUUCCCAGGAUCCCUGCGAUCGAGAUCCCAACAUUCUCUGGGGCUGAGAUCCCCAGAAUCCCCUCAGCCGAGCUUCCCAGGAUCCCUGCGAUCGAAAUCCCCACAUUCUCUGGGGCUGGCAUCCCUUGGGAAGCCGCGGCCGAGUUGCCCAGGGCCAGGAGCCCGCUGUGCUUUGCAGAAGGAGCCUCUGGCACUCCCAACUCUCUGGAUGUCACCUGGCCCGAGAUGUACGAUUACCUGUUCUGCGAUUCCCAGGAGGAGGACGAGCUGGGCAGCUCCCUGGAGGGUCGCAAAUYGCCCUUGAACAGGGAAUUCUCCUGGCCCGAACUUUAUGAGUAUUUUUUCAACGAACCCGAAGSAAAGAGGAAAAAAGGCAAAGGUAAAGACAGGAAAAGGAAGAAGUUUGGCGGGUUAGACCGCGCUGGGAUGGAAAAGGAGGAUCCCAGCUCGGCUGCGGGCAAGGACAGCGUGUUUAUCCCGGUCCCUGAUGUUUAUGGACACCUCUACCCGGAGAGAGCCCAGAACAGGAUGGGCUGGAGAGGGAUUUUCUCYACGGCUCCGGCCUCCGAGGUGAAGAAAGUCGUGGGGGCUUUGAAGGCUCUGCUGCRAAGGCAGGUCCAGCUGGGAGGGGGCCAAACCCCCGCGGGCUCCCAGGCCCUGGUGCCCAGAGGGUCCGGGGACAAACUCGCCCUGGUGCCAGAAGAUCCGCAGGGAGGUGAUGAGCAGCCAGAAAUCCUGGGGGAGGCUUUAAAAAACAUUUCCUCGGAACCUCGUGCUCCUCUCGUGGCAGGAGCAGCGGGGGACCCGCGGGUGCUGAGCCACAAGGACAUGUGCCUCGUCUUCUGCGCCUUCGCSUCCUGGGCGGUGAAGACAUGCGACCUGCAGGCUCCGGAUGCCUGGAAAACCAUGUUCCUGGCGGGUUUCGGCUCCCUCUCGGCCAUCCGCUACUUCCGACGGCAGGUCAGGGAAGGGCACCCCCGGACUUAACCCCUGCCCCUCCGGAGGCGCUGCCCGCGGCCGGGAGACGACAAAAACUGGGACUAUCCGCGCAGGCAGAGAUUUGGACUCGGUUCUGGACAGCGGGAAGGGGCUGGAGCCCAACACCGGCAUUUCUCCGGCCCCAUCCCCAACCGGACAGCACGGCACAGGGAGCGGGGCCCUCCCGGGGACGGAGCGGGACAGGAGAGGGGCUCG